AUAAAUUCUUCCUUGGACGCACCAGGAACUGCUGGCCUCUCCGACGUCCUCAUCUUAGCCAUGAUAGAUUGCGAGCUGCUGUCCGCGUUUCUUCAUGCUGUGAGACUGCCAGGGACAUUUGACUUCCUGUGCUCGGGCUCCUUGAAAUUCUCAUUUGCUAACUCACACCCUUCUCCCUUCACACCGAGGCUGUUUUAUUGUUUUAUAACCGUCCUUAAACUUCCAGUCCUCAAAGAUCUCAUUGUGGCAGGCUUCACACUUUCUCCCUUUCCGAAGCCCUAUGCCCUCACUGUUUGCAGCAGUUUGGUCACUUACAAAGAUCCGUCGGGUGCCCGGUGAACCCGCAGCCCCUGGCACAGCUCUGCCGAGCCACAGCUCACAAGAUGAACGACUCAAACUCAUUUUUCAGGGGAGCCUGAUUAAAAUGCCAUAAACAUCCAGGGAAGAGAGAGGACGUUCCAUCUUUCAGUUGGUUAGGGUUUUUUGUUUUGUUUUCUCCUGACAUUGGGCUUCCCUGUCCCCUAAGAAGUAUAAAGAAAUGUUUGAACGGAUAUCCACAGCAAAACGCCCUCGGCUCCUUUCUCAAGAACACUUCGGGAAUGCUAACUCCCCUUUGCAGCUUUCCCCACCACACGCUCCUGAAAAAGGCCGGCAUAACGCCGUGCAGAUGAGCUUCCACCCAUCCCCACUUUUCCGACCCAGUCCCAUUUUAAUAGGACAGAUUCAGCGAACCUUUAUUUAGAGAAUAAAAGUUUAAAGCUGAAGGUUAUUUAUGGUUCCACAGAGAUAGGUCCUGAGUGGCUAUUUAGAAGCACGUGAUUCCAAUAAACUUUGUUUUAUGGCUUGAGAGUUGACAAGCCAAAAUAUAAUUCCCACCAUAAAUUAGUUUAAGAGCAUACAAGUGCAGAUGCUUUCGUUCCUGGAAGCAGUAAUCGGGAAAGUGUUAGCAGGGAACCGUCGGCAGGAAUGCGACCGUGCAGGCACCUCUGCUACCGGGUCCCCCAGGCCGCGGGGGGAGCGCACAGUUCAGCAGUAUGGAAGGACAUCCACGGGGUUUUCACACCCCAGAUGGUCCUGCUUGAGCUGCGCUGGGGGGACCGAGAGGAGGGCAGCAGAUAAGUGUGCAUCAGGAAAUGCUGUUCAACCUUUCUGGCUCUAGUGAGGAGCUAAGAGCAUCAGUCCUGGUGUUCCAGGCUGAGACUGGCUCAUCUCUCAAAGAGGGAAAGAAAGCUUGCGAUAUUUGGAGAUGCAUUAGUUUCUACACUGCUCUCCCCGCUUUUACCAGUCCCACUCUGACCGGGAGGAUGUAGAGGAGAGGAACUGUGUUUGUUUGCAUUUACCCGUUUCCUCUCCCUGCUUCCUGAUAAAUAACCUAUUUCAUUGCCUGUGCUAAGCUUCUCCUUGUCUUUUUGCCUUACGUGGCUGUAUUGAUUUUCGAGCCCUAUAAAUACGAACUAAAGAAUCGCCUUCAGCAUUGCAGUUUUAACUGUGUUCCGUAGGUAACUUUCCUCCCCUCGUACCUCAGCCCUGCGCUACAUAGAUGUCCUUGGCAUUUUAUUCCGAGGCUGGCCCUAGACGUAUGGAUUACUUGUUUUCUGCUAACGUACAUUUAGCAUACUGACCAUGAACCAGAAUACAAAAAGCCUGAUAGAUCAAAAGUAUUUUGUAUGGGCAGAAGAACAGGAGGUGAAUAUAUAACGCUUUUGUUCAUCAAUAACUCUUUGGCUUUGACCUGUCUGAGCAAGUCGUGCAAUAAGGUGAAACGCAGGUCACAGCGUCUAACAAAUAUGAAAAUGUGUAGUAUUAAGCAGAGCGGGGAGCUGCUGCUUCCCCAGACCCUUCGCUUCUUCCUGGGCAGUCCUCGCGGGCUUGUCCACUCCUGGGGGCUGCCCCAAAGGCGAGCUCGCACUGGGGGGCGGGGGGGUGUUACCCUGCCAGUUCAGCCGGGUGGUUAAUAACCCCCGCGGAGGCGGGGGGUACUCCCCUCCCCUCAGAGAAAGGAGGAGAAAGCGGUGCGAGGCGCUUAAAAUAGUUGCGUGGAGAUUUAAAUAAGCCGGGGGGGGGGGAUUAAGGACACGAAGUCGUUUCGAGUUGCACUUGCUGUGAAGAAGGCACCACAGCAGUAGUAAGAAAGCAGAUGUUUAAAAAUAGCAUCUCCCAGAUCAGGCAGUUGGGAGUUGGAACCAGGCAAACAAACCGGUACACACAGCUCGGAUAAGCGCAACACCCCCAAAUCUGCCCUCCGCAGUGGUUGGAUGUAUCACACCCGCACCAUUAUUUGUCCUUAUGGUGCCUGUUUUAAAUAGUGGAGGGAGAAGAGAUUGACCGCAGGACAGCAGUGAGGAGCUGGGUCAGACACAAUUCAUGAACUUUUGUACUCCUGUGUGCCGCUGUCGACAAAGUAAAAAUAAUGAAACUUUGUGAUAUGUUUGUAAAUGAUUUCGGCUGACCUCUCUCCCUGCCCUUCACCAUAAACGCUACGGCGGGGAAAACCUGGGAGGGUGCGAGGCUACGGCUCGCGGGCAGCUCGCGGGGAUAAUAGCUAGACCAGCAUAAUGGGAUGAAGGUAAAUUUGGAAACUCUCUUCUUCCCGAGAGCAACUAACUCCAGCCUUUAAUCUCAUCUUUUUCACCAACCGCUGUUUCUGUUGUCGACUGUUUUACUUCUGUUUCGUUUUUGUCUUUUUUUUUUUUUUUUUUAAUUCUUUCUUAUUUGGGGGGGGGGGAAUUUCUGAUUAUGGAGAAUCUCUUCGGAUUCGUGUUAGUCUAAAUAGUUAAAGACUCCUUUCUAAAUUACUUUAGCCAUCAUUAUUCUAAAUAGCACAAUUUGACCGAUCAGGUCCAUUUUCCGUAGCGAGGACGUAAACGACAGAGAAUUUAAAGAGAACGGCAGGUCUUUCUGAGAAUUUGGUAGGCGAAAUUCGUCGUUAUGAUUUGGUGGAGACUCGUAUAGUUCUAUUGCAGCAAUUAUAACAAGCGUGAAUCUUUUCCGAAAUCCCACCUUCCUGCAAAUCCGUAUUUCAGAACUGAGUCCCAGCAGAAUAGUUUACAUUCCUCAGAAGACAGUAAGAGACUAAGAGAAUUGCAAAGACCUGCUAUAUUAUAGAUGAAAACAGAAUGUUAUUACGUUGUCUAUAUAUACCCUGUAGAACCGAAUUUGUGUGAUAUUCAUAUAGUCACAGAUUCGAUUCUAGGGGAAUAUAUGGUCGAUGCAAAAACUUCACCUUUCUGCAAAUGGUUAGAAGUUUAAAUACGGGUGGAAUCAAGAGGCAUGUGCGUGCUGAACACUCAAAAAUUAUAAAAGUUUUGCUGCCUCGCUCCUAAUUGCUAGGUUUUAGGACUUUUUUUUAAACUUCAAUUGUCUUUCAGUCCUAACUUUCACUGAAAAUCUGUGAAUUUAAACAGUUAAUCUCACCAGAAGUUACAAAUUUUCGGGGGGGAAGGCGGGGAAGAAAGAAAUUAUUUACCAAUCAGUGAAUGACUCUCUUAAAAGAUACUAAUAAAUUAGCUAGAUAUGCCAGACGUUAGCAAAAUUUCCCUGUCAAGAGUCCAGAUCACACCAAAAUAUUUACGACAGCAGCAAAAGCAGCCUUCGUCUCACUGGAAUGUAUUUACUUGUGCUCCAGGAAUGAUAUUGAUGAAUGAAGACCGAAUUUAUCUCAUUAAACCUGUGGUAUUUUUUACCUAAUUAAAUGACGUCACCAGUUCAGUUGAUUGAACUUUAGUAGUUAAAAGUGAACUGUUUCUUGCCAUCUGUAUGAUUUUACAUACAUACAUGUAUAGAUUUAUAUUUAUACUUUGGCGUUUGCGUCUGUGCGCGCAUACGUAUGCACACGUAUAUAUUGAGGCUUGAAAGUGAAUGAGAAGUUACUGAUUGCCUAAUUUUAUUCAGCAGAACUAAAUUCUGGUAACUUUUGGAUGACCUCUGCGAGACAAAGACAGGACAGAUCUAUUGUACGUCAUAUUACCCUCUUCUUUGACGGCUUUUCUUUUCCUCUCCUGCUUACCAGCUUCUUCCCUUUUAACCCCGCUUCAGCUCAUCGCUCUGUAUAUUCCUUUCGAUAUUUUUUUUUAAUUUUAUUUAAAGCAAGGUACCAAGCCCCAGUGGUGAUGCUGGCUGGUAAAUCAGGCGGCGGGUCUGCAUCCCCUGGGGCUGGGGGAAGCCGGCUCAGACAAAAGGCUGUGGGCAGGGCAGCGACCACCGCCCUGGGGUACCCCUACACCUCCGGUACCUGGUUUGGGGGUGCGGCCCGCCGGAGAGGGGGUUCACCCAGUCAGAGGGAUGUUAUUGAGUGGAAUCGGGGGAAAUGCGGGGAAAUGCGGCGGUGGGCGCCCGGCUCCCCAUUGGCCGGGCCGGUCACAUGCCCGCCUAACUUUAUUCAGUUGACAGCAAGUAGGAGGGCUCUAUGGCAGGGGAAAAAAAGACAACACGAGAAAAAUUAGUAUUUUCUACCUUCAGAAAUUAAUGGCCAUGAGUUCGUAUAUGGUGAACUCUAAGUAUGUGGAUCCCAAAUUUCCUCCUUGUGAGGAAUAUUUGCAGAAUAGCUACCUAGGCGAGCAGGGGGCCGAGUACUACAGUGCCUCGCAAGGCUCUGAUUUCCAGCACCAGGGACUCUACCCACGGUCAAACUACAGCGAGCAACCCUUUAGCUGUAGCAAUGCCCAAGGCUCUGCCGGGCAGCCGCGGGGUCACGGACAGGAGCAAUCCGGCCCGGCAAGCCACUUCCCCGGCCCAGCAGAGCAUUGUCCACCGCCUCCAAUGUCCAACUCGCGAGCCUGCAGCCAGCAGCCGGCCCUCAAACCCCCAAACGGCUCCGCAGUUAAGCAGCCAGCAGUAGUUUAUCCCUGGAUGAAGAAAGUCCAUGUAAACUCGGUGAAUCCCAAUUACAACGGAGGGGAACCUAAACGCUCCCGCACAGCUUACACCAGACAGCAAGUCCUAGAACUGGAAAAAGAAUUUCAUUUUAACAGGUACCUGACCAGGCGCCGCCGUAUCGAGAUAGCCCACACUUUGUGUCUCUCUGAGCGCCAGAUCAAGAUCUGGUUUCAGAACAGAAGAAUGAAGUGGAAAAAAGAUCACAAACUGCCCAACACGAAGGGCAGGUCUUCUUCAUCUGGUUCAAACCCCCAUUUACAAACUGGUUCCAAGGACCAUCAGACUGACUUGACAACUUUGUAGAAGAGGUGAAAUUUUCCAUUUCAUCCUUCGCUUCUGACCAGUACUGUACAUAACUGACACUGCCCAAGCAGAACCUGCAUGUAGCAGCUAAGGACACGAGAAACUGUCAUCUUUCUUUAAGGUACUGUUGUACAAAGGAGACAAAAUGACGCUACUUUGGACUUUAUUUUAUUUGCCUCUUCUAGCACAACUUAAAAAAGGAAAACAAAAAAAGGGGUAAAAGAAAGAGAAAGGGGAAAGAAAAAACGAACCAUCACGCAGGCAGUGGGAAUUGGGAAAAUAUUAAAUGAGACCUUCUGUCCUUAAAAAGUAAUAAAUCAUUGAAAAUGAAACUGUCCUGUGUUUCAGUUUUGAAUUCGAAAGUGAAGAUUGGAUGCUUUAUUCUGGGAUUUAUACUUUUAAUUGUCUUUUUAUCCCAUGUAAUUUGGGCACGGAUGCAUUUUGGGCAAGUUGAGGACAGGAAAUUCAUAGUAUAGUCUUUUAUUUGAACAUAAAGACUAUUAAAUGUGAACUUUUUUUGUGCUGCUUUACCUUUCUUGGUGUGAUGAAAAUACUUGCUCAUUUCCAUAACGUCUCAGAAGGUGUGUGUAGGGAUUAAGUGAAAACGGGUUAUUUUACGUUCUGAUAGUGCUGGCGUAUUUAUUUAUUUGUUACAUAGAAGAGUGAAGACAAAAAGAAAAAUAGUCAAACCAAAAACGGGGAAGAGGAGCUGAAAUACAGUAUUUCUCCUUCCCAAUCUCAUCAACACAUAUGUAAUGUUUACUUGUCUUGAACGUACACAACUUUCUUGUCCCCCCCCUUUUUUAUUAUUUUCCUCCUUUGCGAAUAGGAAAAGCGUCCCUGCUCCUUAUCGUGUGCCAUCCAGAGCUUACAGGCUUGAAAUCUGUUUCCAAAGUCUGCUACUCAGCGCUGUGCUUUAAACCAUCAAUACCUCAUUUUAAAAAUGGAAAGGGAAAAAAAUGAAAAAAAAAAAGAAGGGAGACCACAAAAAACACCCCCCCCAAAAAAUAGCAAACCCAACCUCCAACAAACUCGAAACAAACAAUAGAACUACCACCACCACCAAAAAAAAGUGAAAAGUUAAUGUGAUUUCUGAUAUAACUUGAGCCAUUCAAAGCUGAAAACUGAAUACAUUAUUUCAAUCAGAUUUCAAAUUUCUUUUCUGCUAAAGAGAGGUAGGCUAUGUUGGCUACUGUCUUGUUUUGGUUUAGGUUUAUUUUGGUCUGUUGGAUUUUUGUGGUUUGGGUUUGUUUAGGUUUUUGGUGUUGUUGUUUUUUGUUUGUUUAAGAACAGUGAUUGUUUUUAAGCAAACCACGACACAUGACUGCAACGGUUGGAAAGCUCAGCAAGUUGCUUUCAUGGAAAGAGGAAAGGCUUGCAUGGGAAUAGAGCUCGUCUAAUACUCACUGAUUUGGCCCUGACUGCGGGUUGCCAAAGUUUUAGUGCGCUGUAACUACGAAAGCCGACCAAACCAGCUCCCUCAGCCACUUACACCUCCGCUCAGGCGACUUUAAAGCUCAGCCCUUAUCUCCUGUACCCUCAGGACAACCUGGGAGAGAAACCAUAUAGUCGAAAUUGUAACGAGGUGAUCCCUUUAUUAAAGAGAAAAGGAGUAAAGAAUGAAACUCAUAGCAAACACUGAAGGGAGGUGGAAAGAGCAGGGGCUGAGUUAACGUGCCCUUCUCCAGGCUGGGUGCUUCCCAUCGAGGACUCAAGGCUUUUGGGUUCGCUCGGGGAAACAGUGGCCAAAAUGGGAUUAAAUGAAUUCGAAAAUAAAAAGCGAACUUUUCAACAAGGGUGUAUUCAGCAGUGUUAACUGUGGCCAGCAGUUAAUUUCUGCCUUUUUCUCGUUCAUAGAAGUCCGCAAAGUGUCUUUAAGACUUGGUCUUUUGUUUUAGAGCCUGGAGAAAACUCUUUGUUCUUCCUUAGGGUUAGCCCAGUUCUCAGACUUGCACAUGGCAAUACUUGAAUAUCUCCACGUCGUGAUAUUAAAGAUGGAUAUUCCCGCAUUAUUUGCAUCAUUGUUUCUAUGACAAAAAGCACCGAGUUCAUACAUAGUAAAGACGUCUUUUUUUCUGACGCCUUCACGUUGAGAAGCUGAAAAGGUAUUUUACUGAAGUUCGGCUAAAUUGCAGGAACAGGUUCACCCAGAGGACAAAUUUUCUAUUCGAUUAGUUGUAUUUCAGCCGGGAAGAGUGACCUCUAAACCCUUAACCUUUUGGACCCAAAAUACCCUUCCCUUUCUCUGGUAAGAGAGCAGCUAGCAGCAGCGCUUGAGGAGGGAAUUCCUGAGACAAGUUUUCAAGUUUUGUUACACCAGGUUCCUACGGUAGUGGCCUUUCCUCUCCAGAGCUGUUCAAAGCCAUCCUUUCAGUCUUCAGACGAAUCUACGAAAAUAAAGGGAGGGAAAAAAGGGUGUGGGGAAGUAAAACCUCUCUAGCUGCUCUUCUUGAAAAUCCCCCUCCCGGACCCCCGCUGUUUACUUAAAGUCUGUGAUAAGUUGACUGGGAGCAGGGCAAAUGUGUUGUGAGAGAGAGAGAGACACCUACUUUGGCAUCUGUGGUACAGUUCUGGAAAAUAAUGGCCUUGGAUAAGCAAAUCCUUGCUUUGUGCUUCUAAUCGACCGAGAUGGCUCCCGAAGUUAAAGGACCAACUUCUGCUCCCAGAUUACCUUCCCCCGCCCACUGAAGUCAAACAGGGAUGUAGCUGCGAGCAGAAUUUGUCUCAUUGUCUUUUGAAAUGUUAAUAACUCCGGGAUGAGUGUUGGGUUCAGCAGGCACAGCUCUUACAACCCUGUUUGCAAGUACCUUUUGAGCGAGGCCGGGGCACUAUAGGUUUACAUAGAUGUAAUUGCGCUGUAAGAUCGGAGAAUACUUGAAGUGGAGGCAGAAAGUACCAAAAAGAAGUAGUUUUCAGCUGCCAAUGCUCUGAAGGGUCAGGAAUGUCUGUGAUAGCGACCAGGAGCACCCACUGGUCCUUAUCUCCGGUGCAAAAUGAACCUGAGGUUUAUUUUUCAAUGGUUUAAACCCUUCUCCAGAGAUAUUUUGUGUAUGAAGCGAGGCUGGUUAUUUUUGUUUAUCAUGGGUGAACGUUGUGCAUUGGAGCCUUUGUUAAACGGUCGCAUUGUUCAGCAAAUAUUCUCAUCUCUGUUAAAGUGUGAUGCUUUUUAUAGACUUUGCUGAUGUUUUGCUGCCAUUGAUUAAAGCGUUAUUUAUACUAACUGUCGCCUGUAGUUUUGAUGUAAGACCUCCACAUAAUUUUGAAAUAAUAAAAGGUAUA